ACAGGAAAUUACAUCACAGAAACGGCAAUGAAUAAAAUUAACCGGCGGAAGUAGGUCGUUUUCUCAUUUUUCUGUGCCCUUGUGCGUGUUUCUUUGGCGAAGAAUCCACAGUCGAGAUGUACAGGCAAUUUCUGGCCCUACAGCGUGCCUCAAGGCGCUUGAUCAGCAGUAGUGCCUGCAGGCACGUAGAGAACAAGGUCCCUCAUUACCAGAAGUUAUUUCAGGAGGACAAUGGGAUUCCAGUUCACUUGAAAGGUGGUACCAAGGAUGCUCUCCUGUACAGAUGUACAAUGGUCCUCACUGUUGUGGGAACCGGAUAUUUCUUCUAUUCAUUGAUCGACGUAGCAUUUCCCAAGAAGAACUGAAGUGAAAGACUGAAUCAUGUCCUGCUUUUAUUAAUGUUAAAUUACCUGUUUUACUUGUAAAGUAAAUAUGUAAAUUAUCGGGGAGUUGGUCAUCCUGCCAUAACUACAAGUGGUUUAUGUGAAUAGGAUUAAUAUUUAUUCACUGUACUGUACUGUAACAAUCAUGUAUACCUGUGGAUAAUAAAAAUAAAUAUUCAUUAUAA